AUGGCGCCAAAAAAAGGCUCAAAGUCAGCCAAGCCGAAAGUGGCAUCUUCAAAGAUUAAAAAUAUAAAGGAGAGCUCAAAACAGAAAAAAAAUGCAUCGGAAAAAAAGCAAUUGAAAAAAAAUAAUAAACAAGAUGAUAAAGGAAAAGGGAAUAAGGAAAAGAAAGGAGUACCAGUUCCUGAGGCACCUGAACGAGAAUUGACCGAAGAGGAUUUUGCAAUGUUGGAUGAAAAUUCUGCAUCAUUGCAAUUUCUUGCAAAGGUUAAACCAGAGGAAUUAACAAAGAAAGUAGAGAAAGGACCUCGUCCAGAAAUCUAUGACCUGAGGCCUUCUAAGAAAGAUGAUCUAAGCAGCGACGAAGGGUUUGAUUCCUAUGACUCUGAUGAAGGCAUUGAUUACUCAAAUGAUUCUGAUCAAGAGCAAGAUUAUGAGCUUCUUCCAAGAUCUAUUAGCUCAUGGAAUGCGGCUGAAUCGAAUCGUCUUCCUAUUAAGACUAAAGAAGGACAUUUACAUGCUGUGAAGGGAGAUACCAGAGAAGCCGAGGAACAGAAUGAUGAAGAAGAGUCAGAGAGUGAAUCUUCUUCCGAGAAGAGAGAAGAAGAAGCAAGUGAGGAUGAAACCUCAAACGUUCCUUCGGUUGAAGAACCUCAACUUUCACCAAAACAGCAAAUUCAGGCGGACAAAGAAGAAUUAGCUUCCCUUGCUCAAAAGCUCUUGGAAGAACCAGAAGAAUCUCUACAUGUUUUUAAAAGUAUCUUUGAAAAGUUUCAAUCACCUUUCAUUACUACGAAAAAGUUGAGUCUUUUGACUGCUCUUGCGGUUUUCCAGGAUUUGAUCCCCGGUUACCGUAUUCGUCCUUUGUCUGAGGAAGAAGAAAGCACAAAACUAUCCAAAGAAGUUGCACAACGCUGGUCGUAUGAACAAACAUUUUUGAAACAUUAUAUGCGGUUCAUUGAAAUCCUAGAGUCUAUUUUCAAAUCAUACCCUUCUCUAGAGAACGAUGUACAGAAAUCUCUUUAUGAAGUUGCAGUGCGUUGCGUCUCUCGAUUAAUUGAGCACGUGCCUCAUUUUAAUUUCCAUGACAAACUGCUAACUAUGGCUGUUCAGCAAAUAAGUCACAAGUCUAAGAGAAACAACUUUGAUAUGUUUUUAAACAGUUUGGCUGCUAUUUUGAAAGAGGAUAACCUAGGACGUGUGUCGAUGAAUUGUGUGAAAUUAUUGUCAAAGAUGUUUAAGCAUCGUAAUUAUGAUGUUCUUCCGGAUGUUUAUGAUUUAUUUUUGAAUAUUCAAAUUCUUUCCGAUAUGGAAUUAAAGGACAGUUCUAGCGAGCCAACUAAGCUAAAAAAGAGGAAACAGGAUCGUCCUCAUCUUACCAAAAAAGCCAGGAAAACUUUAAAGGAAACUAAAGAAAUUGAGAAAGAAAUGAAGGAAGCUGAUGCCGUUAUAUCCGCCGAAGAUCGUGAAAAAUAUCAAGCUGAAGUCUUGAAAAUGGUUUUCCUCACUUAUUUUAAGACACUGCAGUCAAGAAGUAAGUUGUUAGGUAACGCUUUGGAAGGUUUGGCUAGAUUAUCACGACUUAUCAAUGUCGAAUUUUUCGGCGAUUUAUUGCAGGUUUUGCGUGAACUUGUCUUGGACGAUAAUUUGUUACUAGCAGAAGGCAAGCCUGGAGUGCAAACUACAAGAGAAGCUUUGUUGACUGUUAGUACUGCUUUUGAAAUUGCAUCUGCACCUGGUGUUAACAAGUUAAAUUUGGAUUUGGAUUUAAGCAUCUUUAUUCAACGGCUAUACAGAUUGAUUCUUCCAUUUUCGUUAAACCCAGAUGCCGACUUAACUUAUAAGGUGAAUCGACUUCGGGAUCCAGAUGCGCCUUCUAAGAAAAACGUUGUUAACGCUUCUACCCAAAUGGAAAUGUUACUUAAGUGCUAUCAAUCAUUCUUUUUCAAGAGUAAGAGUGUAAGUCCUGCUCGCCUUGCCGCUUUUUCAAAGAGGUUAGCGAUUUCAAGUUUGCAACUACCAGAACACUCUUCGAUGGCAGCAAUUGCGCUCUUAACUAGACUGGUGUCGAGGUACACAAAGCUGCAUAGGAUGUUUACUUCAGAAGAGCAAAUUGGUGAUGGCAUUUAUCAACCAUUUGUUGAAGACCCGGAGCUAUGCAAAUCGUCAACUGCCAUGCUUUAUGAAACAUUUCUUUUGAAGAAUCAUUAUUCUCCUACUAUCUCCCGAUCUGCUAAUGGUCUUUUUAAAAUGACAACGGAGUAA